CAGUGAUGUUCGCGCGAUAUGCGUCUCACGAAAGAGACGACAUCGAUGCGCCAAGCUUAAAGUAAUUCAUCCGCUGAUUCUUUCCAGCCCCGUUGAUAAGAGGAUCCGAGUGAGUGUGACAACGCGUCCCCCAGAUGUAUAAGCGUCUAGUGCCGGUUGUGCAUCUUCGUCGGCGCAAAUUCGAGAGAUGCUAAGUUACGUGAGUGCAGGCCCUUGAGGCUAAGGUGUAAUAAUAAUUAGUGCAACGGAUGGUGUUGGGAUACCCAUGGCCAAGAGCCCAUCAGUCUGCUAUUGUCCAGUGCGAAUUGGCAACGACCUGUGAGUACGUGUAAGGAUAAGAGCGGCUCUGGCUCCAGGUGUCCAGCCAACUUCUUUUUAGCCCAGGCUUUCAAAGGUCUUGAAGGACUAGAGGUCCUUCGCCAAGCGAAACUCGUGCGUUCUCUCGUCUUGAAAAAGUGGAUUUGAUAAUUUGCAAACAUGCGAGACCGACUUUCAUGGUAUAUGGUGUUUUUAAUUCUGCCAACAAUUUUACUGGCCAGAUCUCUCGACAAAGACCGACGAAUACCCUAUGUACCAUCUGACUGGAAGGCACUCUGGUAUAGCAACCUCGAUGAACUACAACGAGUCAACGAGGCGAAUGAAAACAACACCGUAUCGAACGUGACAGUGCAGCUCGGUGGAACUGCUUUCCUACACUGUAAAGUUCGUAAUUUGGCAGAGAGAACGAUUUCAGACGCCGAGAUUUCUUGGAUUCGUCGACGUGAUUGGCAUGUUUUAACCAGCUCUAUGUUCACAUAUACGAACGACGAGCGAUUUCAAGUGUUGCAUCCCGAGGGUUCAGACGACUGGACCCUUCAAAUUAAAUAUGUUCAAGAAAGAGACAACGGAACAUACGAAUGCCAGGUUUCAAGGAGUACAGGAAUACUGUCGCAUUUUGUCAAUCUAAACAUAGUUACGCCCGAAGCAUUUAUAUUAGGGAGUGAAGAACAUCAUGUCGACGUAGGAUCUAUAAUAAAUCUAGUCUGUAUUAUAGAAAAGAGUCCAACGCCUCCUCAAUACGUCUUCUGGUAUCACAAUAACCGAAUGAUAAACUACGACACGACGAGGGGUAGUGUAACCGUACAAACCGAUCCAGGACCAACACAGAGUCGACUUACUAUUCGCCAUGCAGUAGAAUCGGACACGGGUAAUUACACGUGCAGUGCUUCGAACACUAAGCCUGCAUCAAUAUACGUUUUUGUCACAGAAGGGGAUAAAAUGGCGGCGAUAUUGCGCCGCAAAACGUCGGACGCAUCCCGGUGUUCGACAAGUACUUCGCUCUUGGCGCUGCUGCCCCUGCAGGUUCUCUUGCUGAGCCUCAGGUCUCGAUAAACCUUGUCGUGGCGUCGUCGCCAUACCAGUGGACGCCAACCUGACCUACCAUCUAGAGAAGGCCAAAGGAUUCAGCCUUUACACAUACAGCCUAAACACACACCCACACGAGCAAUACACACCAAAAAAUGUGUCCACUCGAUUAAAUACGUU